AUGAGCGAGCAAAAGAAAGCAAACACUCAGGUAACUUAGAGUACUGGACCAAUAUAAAAACCCACUAUUGGAGGGGUUUAAAGAAAGAAAACCAACAUAGAUUUUACAUAACUAAGUUGGGGCACACUCAGAAAAUACCAGUAUUUCUUUAGAGUAAAGACUUAGGACAAGGAAGGAGAUGACUUGAAUACUAGAGAAGCAGUAGAAUCUGCGGUAGUCAAGCACUUUGAGGACUUGAAAAUCGACUACGACAAACUGAUUUAUAAAUUCCUAAAGAUUAAGAAGGAUGAAAAGAAUGAUUAGUUAUACAAUCUCAGAAAGUCUCAGAGAGCAAGAGCAUCUAACGCCCUUGGUGGUGAUACUGGAGCAUACUGA